AUUGAUUUUCCACUGACUUUUCCAUAUGCUGCAGCUGUUUUCUGUUGGAUUCUGCGCUCUACGUUCGUAGGGUGGUUUGGAGUUUGGGAGUGAUAAUAAAACUUGUUUGUGUUUUGUCAUCGCGUGCAAUUUUACUAGAUUAUUAUUAAGUCGAAAUAUAAAAGUUUAGGUUUAGUCACAGCAUGGAGGACAGCGGCAUCGACAGCGAGGAUAGACAGUCAAAUAUAUUUGAGGAUGGUGCUGCUGGUUUACUGAAAAGUGCCAGUGGAGCGCCGAAACAUAUGUCCGAUCUGGAGUUUGAGGUGGCAUUUAGGGGUGCCAGCAACAAAGUGUAUGCGCCAACAACCAUUGAAAUCGAUGAGGAUAGAACUGGAGGAGCACGCGGAGCCGAGGGACGCAACGAACCGCCAAACACCUGCCGCAUACUGCAACGCAAACUGGAACUGAAGGUCGAGCGUGCCAGGCGCAACUAUACACAGUACCAAGAGGAGCAGGCCACUAAGACACAGGCAGCCACGCUUAUACCCAUCAACCGUUUACCCAUACCAGGGGAACAGGAGCAGAAGCCGCUGGUCGAUUACAAGUCUGAGAGCAGCGAUGAGGCCGAGGAGAUAUCAUUUUUCCCCGCACAGCUGAAGCGUGCCAAGCGACGUCAGCAAAAUCAUGAACUCACAGACACAUUCAGCAUACAGGAAAUGACCAUUGAAUCGGAUCUGGAGUCCGAUGAUAGCGGUGGCACUCAGAAUCUCGAGCUUCUUUUGCCCUCCAUGAAAACCAAUAUAUUGGAUAAGUUUAAGAGCUGCUUUGGCUGCUGGCGGCGCAGGUAAUGCCCGGGGAGGCAAUGCAUCCAGGUUCAGGCACAAGACACGUUAUUGAAAGGCACUAGAUAUUCAUUUGUAGACACAAUAUACAAUACGAUAUAUACAUACUUAACAUAAUUAUAAUAUAUAAUUGCCAAUACUAGAUGAUCUACACUACAGAUAUAUUUGAAAGCGAGUAAAGUAAAUCUUCUAAGAAAUGCCAA